ACAUACAGCUGUGUUGAGUGUGGAAAGUCUUUUGUCCAGGCUGGCGGCUUAAAAAGACACCAACUCAUCCACAGUGGAGUUAAACCUUACAGCUGUGACUUGUGUGGAAAGUCUUUUACCCAGGCUCAGAACUUAAAAACACACCAACUCAUCCACAGUGGAGUUAAACCUUACAGCUGUGACUUGUGUGGAAAGUCUUUUACCCUGGCUGGACACUUAAAAACACACCAACUCAUCCACAGUGGAGUUAAACCUUACAGCUGUGACUUGUGUGGAAAGUCUUUUACCCUGCCUCAAACCUUAAAAACACACCAACUCAUCCACAGUGGAGUUAAACCUUACAGCUGUGACUUGUGUGGAAAGUCUUUUACCCAGGCUGGAGACUUAAAAAAACACCAACUCAUCCACAGUGGAUUUAAAGCGUACACCUGUGACUUGUGUGGAAAGUCUUUUACGCAUACUGGAGGCUUAAAAACACACCAACUCAUCCACAGUGGAGUUAAACCUUACAGCUGUGACUUGUGUGGAAAGUCUUUUACCCAGGCUGGAGACUUAAAAAAACACCAACUCAUCCACAGUGGAGUUAAACCGUACAGCUGUGACUUGUGUGGAAAGUCUUUUACCCAGGCUGGAGACUUAAAAAAACACCAACUCAUCCACAGUGGAUUUAAACCGUACAGCUGUGACUUGUGUGGAAAGUCUUUUGCCUGGGCUGGAAACUUAAAAACACACCAACUCAUCCACAGUGGAGUUAAACGUUACAGCUGUGACUUGUGUGGAAAGUCUUUUACCCUGGCUCACAGCUUAAAAAAUCACCAACUCAUCCACAGUGGAGUUAAAGCAUACAGCUGUGAGUUGUGUGGAAAGUGUUUUUCCCAGGCUGGACACUUAAAAACACACCAAAUCAUCCACAGUGGAGUUAAACCUUACAGCUGUGACUUGUGUGGAAAGUUUUUUUCCUUGGCUGGAGACUUAAAAACACACCAACUCAUCCACAGUGGAUUUAAACCUUACAGCUGUGACUUGUGUGGAAAGUCUUUUACCCAGGCUGGAGGUUUAAAAAAACACCAACUCAUCCACAGUGGAUUUAAACCUUACAUCUGUGAGUUGUGUGGUAAAGCCUUUUCUCAAAGUAGCAACUUACAGAAGCAUCUAGUUACCCACUCAGGAAUUAAGGUGUACAGCUGUGCAAAAACAUUCACUUCAUUAUCUGCUCUGUGCAAACAUCAGCCUGAUCAUGCAGGACUGAAAUCACUGGAUCACACUGAAUCUGAAGAGAGAGAAAGAUCCUCUUCUGGUUUCAGGGUCGGACCUAAAAACCUUGGAGAUCAGGCUCCACAGAGUUCAGAUGGAAUCUCCUGUAAAGAGUGUCAGCUGAUGUCACACUUGGAUCUGAUGAGGUAGCUCUGAUUUCUGGAGCUGCAGUGAAUAAUCCUGAAUGUUACAUUCAGGAACCUGCAUGUAUAGAUAUGCAUAUCAAGUUUAUUUUUUUUCCUUUGAGGGAUUUUAAUUCUCUAAAAUGUUAUCCCUGUUACAUUUUAUUCUUUGUUCCCUUAGGACACAGUAGUGUUUAGUAGUUGUACUUGUUACUGUAUUAUUAAAGUUAUAGAAAUAUCUUUUUUACCAAACUGAUAUUGUAUCAAAAUUACAGAUAUGGAUAUAUAUCAAUGUUGGGUCUGUGUUUCCACAUGCCCGGCUAGUUUAGAGAGUUAUUCCUCAUGAAGAAUGCAAAACAUAAGAGAUCAUCUUCAUCCGUUUCUAACGAGGGAAGCUUUGGUCAAGAACCAGCUCUUGAAGCCUAAAUCCUUCAAAGAGCAGCUGUCCUCAUAACCUUUUUAUGGACAUGACAGUUACAGUUUACACAAUACAACACAACACAAGCACCUCCCACCGUAAAACCCCCCAAUGGUUCUAAGACAAGGCACUAUUAGUGUGUAUGUGUAAGCACCCAUAUGCAUGUGCAAGAACUUGUGUGUGUGUGUGUGUGUGUGUGUAUGCAUGUGAGAAUGUGUGUGUGUGUGUGUGUGUGUGUGUGUCUGAGUGAGUGUGUGAGAAUGUGUGUCUCUCUUUGUGCGUGACUUCCAACUGUUUCUAACAACAUCCUUAGUCAUAAAAUGGAAAUCUCCCCCAAACCCAAUAUAUGGUUCAAUUCCUGUAUUGGUUCACCAUGCACAACACAGUGAAGCCAUACAAAGGGCAGGAAGCUUACCAAACAACAAACAGAAUCAACAAACAGAUGUGUCUACAAUAAAACCUCCCCCAGCACAGAGUAGCUGGAGAGGUGGUCAGAGACAAAGGAAUGUCUUGAUCCUAUAGAUUGAACUAAGACUCUCAAAUUUAAGAACCACAAUGACAACAUUCAACAAUUAGACUUCAGUCAAUUUCUUUCAUUUGAACUUUCUUAGUUUUUCCAAAAUUAACUUCUUUUUUUAAAGUAUUCAUUUUAAAGAAGUGUUAAAAGUUAAAAACAGCAGCACACAUCAAGACCAUUUUAAAGAUCACAGGUGACUACUUUUAGUGGUUUCAAAUUCUAUUAAACCUCUAUUUUUGGCUCCUCCUUUUACUUUAGUGUAUUUACUGUAUUCUUGAAGUCCACAUGUUGUUUUUUAAUGAAUUCAUUUUGAUCCACAUGUUCUGCAGCUGUUUUCUUGUUAAUUUGAAGUUUGCAUUAUGAAAAUCCUGAUAAUGUUAAAGCGUUAGUUAUAUUUCAUGAACUCUGUGUAAAGUUUGUCUUAUUAAACAGUUUGGUGUGAAAAAUAAAGAAAUGGUCUCACAA